AGCCAAGUCUACUCUCUCACUGUUCACUGUUCACUGUGUUCAGCCUCGUCGUCACGUGCAGUCCCGCGUAUGAAACGACGACAGCUUCACACGCAGGCGCCUCGUUCGAAUUAUUGAGAUCUCCAUCAAGGCGCCGAUCGACUCCCAACAGCCUGGCAGCCUCGCUGACCGUUCGUCCCUCCUCCAUUCUCGCAGUCCGCUAGCCCGUGCACUGGGGGGUGACAUGGCCAGUUGUCUUUCCCUCCUUCCGAUCCUCGUCCUGAUCCGUCCGCUGCAGCCCCUCCCCCUCUGACUCCCCGAAGCCUUUCGAUCCGGACCAACAAGAGAAGCUACGUGGCCAUGGAUGAUCUGAACGGCCUGAGCUGGUCUUCCACCAGUGCGACCGAGUCUCGCAAGCCGCCGCCGAUGAAUUCUGGCCUGCUCUUCCCGAACGUACGCCUCACGGCUGCCACCACCACACCAGGUAAUACUAAUCCCAACAACAACAAGAGCAACAACAGCACCUCAGGCCGAUCCACCCCGAUUUCCUACUCUUCAGGCCCUGCGUCAAACCCACCCUCGAAACCAGCGACCCCGGCCAGCGACAGCUUCGCCAAUCUGGUCAAUUUCGCCGGCUCAGCGGCCGCCACCAAGAACCUCUCGCUGCAGGAGCAGCAGAAGAGGCUACAGGAGGAGCAGCGGAGACAGGAGGCAGAGAAGCGGAGACAGCUGGAUGCCCAGUUCGGAGCCCAGAACAGUCAGUUCUGGGACCAAUUCGAGCAGAAGAAGACGCCCACCUCCCCUGCCCCUCCUCCCCCCCCUCCCCUAUCCUCCCAGUCGCCCAACGACGAUGACGACGACCUCCUUGCAGCCUUCAACGCCUCCGCCCCCGUGGAUGCUUCGACAAACUUCCCUAUUCCACGCGCUACCCCGUCUCCGCAUAGGGAACAGCAACACAAUGGAUCGUCGUCGCUGCGUCAGGAGGUCGAGCUGUCGUUUCCGGACCAGGAUGAUGACCCGUUUGGUUUGAAUCAACUGAAAUCGAAACCAGCACCCUCGCAAACAGUGUCUCGCACUGCUCAGCAGGAUGACGACAUCGACUUCCUCGGCGAUCUCAGCAAGCCAGUGUCGGAGUUCGCACGACGGGAGCAGCACUCCCCCGCGGAACGGGAGUCUCGGGGCACGGAAAACAGUCCGCCUCGACAACAGCCAUCGAAUGGGGUAGAUCGUGCCAUUGCUGAGCUGGUAGAUAUGGGGUUCCCUGCUGAAAAGGCACAACAGGCCCUGAAAACAACAGAGUCCGGCACGGAUGUCCAGGCCGCCGUCGGCUGGCUGCUGACCCAGGCACAUACAGAAUCCCGACAGAAAACCAGAGAACGGACUACGGUAGAUGAGCAUUUUGGAAACGAGCGUCCGGAGCGCAGCAGGGAGCGCAGCCAGGUGAGAAACCGCAAUUCACCGUCGUGGAUGAGAGAGGAGGAGGCGGCUGCGCCAGGGAAGGACCCGAACCAGACGGCCGCCACGUUUGGAAACAAUUUCUUGAAGACUGCCAAUUCCCUGUGGAAACAAGGCAGCAAAAGGGUCCAGCAGGUUGUCAACGAACUCAGUGCCGAACAUGACUCGAACCAGCCUCGGUGGAUGAGAGACGCCUCAAUGGCAACUCAUGAGACACGACCACAGCCACCCCCGACGCGGGAAUCUCGCACUACUCCCUCGAUUCGCCAACAGCAAGAAACGCCAAGUGGAUUCACGCAUGAAGCUCUUCUUCUUGACUCAGGAGACGGCCGACCGCAUCAUCCUGCCCGUCCAAAGGCCGAAUCUCGGCCAUCACCGGACUCUCGUUCCCGGAACUUCUCACCUGCAGGGCCUGAGAGGCGUAUGCAGUCACCUGCUUUUAUGCAGCAACAACAACAGCAGCAGCAGCAGCAGCAGCAGCAGCAGCAACCACAACCUUUCAGAGACACGAGUGACCCUCGAUCUCGCGUCUCGCGGAACGCUGUCGAAGAGCAAUCGGCACAGGCAUACGUGAGCCCUGCUCGGAGGAAAAAGGCCAGUCCUGCUGCGGCCAUUGCUGCACCAUCUAACCCCCAAGUGGAUCUGUUCGAGUCGUCGGCUCCUCCACCAACGACGCGGUCACGGACUCCUGUGACGGCAGCCGCCGCCGCAGCAGCUCUUCCGACCCGCCCCAAGGCUAAAGCUCCGCCUCGGGUGAUUCCUGAUGUCUCUUCCUCCGCGCUGGCAUCGACGCAUCGACUCCGGGAAAAGGGCACGGAAGCAUACAAGCGGGGCGACUACGCUGCGGCGCACGAGGCAUUUUCAAAUGCGCUGGGCAUGCUCCCAGACCAACACCCGAUCACGAUCAUCAUCCGCAGCAACCGGGCCAUGACGGCGCUGAAGAUCGGUGAGCCCAAGACCGCCAUCGACGACGCGGACACAAUCCUCACCCUGAUCGGGCCGGCCAAGGGCGAGGCCGAGAGCAUCGAGCUCGGCUCCGGCGAGCCCAGCAAACCCAUGCGUGACUUCUACGGCAAGGCGCUGAUGCGUAAAGCCGAAGCUCUCGAACAGCUCGAGCGCUGGGCCGACGCAGCCAAGGCCUGGCGGCUCGCCGUCGAGGCCGGACACGGCGGCAGCACGAGCAUCCAGGGACGCAACCGUUGCGAGAAAGCAGCGGGGAUCGCACCAAGCCCAGCCCCAACUCCAUCAUCACGACCUGCACCACCGAAGAAACCUACACCAAAAAAGUCUGCCCUCGCCGAUCUCAGCGGCGGAUCAUCCGCAAGCAACUUCGAAGCCGUCAACCGGCUGCGCGCCGCGAACGACGCCGCCGAGCGACUGGACGAGGAGAAAUUCGCCCUGUCGGAGAGCGUCGACGCCCGGCUUGCUGCCUGGAAGGGAGGGAAACAGGACAAUCUCCGUGCUCUGCUGGGGAGUCUGGACACGGUGCUCUGGGCCGAGGCCGGGUGGAAGAAGGUCAACAUGUCGGAACUUAUUUUACCGAAUAAAGUCAAGAUCCAGUACAUGAAAGGCAUCGCCAAGGUGCAUCCUGACAAGAUCCCUACAACGGCUACUACGGAACAACGCAUGAUUGCCGGCGCGGUGUUUGGCACGCUGAACGAGGCGUGGGAUAAGUUCAAGGCAGAGAAUAAUUUAUAGAGGUAGUACAUAGCUAGUACAUAGAUACAUUAUAUUAUUUACUUGAGUGCCAGUGGACUGCGU